AAAUCACAGGGUUCUAGUUCUCUUUAUGACAUCACCUUUCCACAUCCCCAAACUUAGGCCCUGGCAAGUCACAAGUGGGAGAAAUGUCUAUACCAAGAUUCCUAAAAGUUACAUAUGGACCAUAUGAUAAUUAUAUUCCAGUCAGUGAAUUAAGUAAAAAAUCAUGGAAUCAGCAGUACUUUUCCCUGGCAUUUCCCAAACCACCAAGACCAGGAAAGAAACGGAGAUCACUACCUUCCCAGUUACAUAACAAUACAGCUCCUGUAAUUGAUGAACAAAAAUUAGGAAUUCACAGACCACCAUUAUGGAUGCACCGUUCUCUGAUGAAAAUUUCCGAGAGACCAUCUGUUUAUUUAGCUGCCAGGAAGGGUCUUCCACUGAAAUCAACUCGUUCUGGCAAGGGAGAGUCUAAAGAAGCAAGCCCACACAAACCUUCGUCUUCAGAAAAAACAAAGAAAGAAGAGAAAGUGAAGAAAGAUGAGCCUGCAGCAAAAGAGAAGGCAGUGUUAAAGAUAACCAAGGAAGAAAGUUCCAAACAAGGUGAUAAGAAAAGUUCAAAGGAAUCCCAGAAAGAUAAGGUGUCAGCUUCAGAAUCUGAAGGUGAAAAGGCUGGUAAAAAGAAAGAAGCCAAAAAAGGUAAGAAGGAACCAAAGGAAAAAGGAUCAGUCUCAGAAUCUGAAGGUGAAAAGGCUGGUGAGAAGAAAGAGGCCAAAAAAGGUAAAAAGGGGUCAAAGGAUAAACUGUUACUCUCAGAGUCUGAAGGUGAAAAACCUGGCGAGAAGAAAGAUGCCAAGAAAGAUAAAAAAGGGACAAAGGAAAAGGAGAAAGUAGCCUCCGAAUCUGAAAGUGAAAAGUCUGGUGGGAAGAAAGAUUCUAAAAAAGGUAAGAAGGAGCCAAAGGGCUCCAAGGAUACACCUACAGAUUCAGAAGCUGACAAGCCUGGUGAAAAGAAAGGAAACAAAAUUUCUAAAAAGGCUUCAAAGAUCAAAGAUACACCUCUAGAUUCUGAAAGUGAGAAGGGAGAUUUAAAGAAAGAGGGCAAGAAAGAAGGCAAGAAGAAGGAAAAUAAAAAGGAGAAGAAGGCAGGAGAUUCAAAGGAGGAUAGUAAGAAAGACAAGAAAGACAAGAAAAAAGACAAGAAAGACUCUGCAGGUGAUUCCGCUGAUUCAAAGAAGGAGGAAAAGAAGGCAAAGAAAGAGAAGAAGGGAAAGUAGUCUUGGAUGAGAACUCAACCUGUACGUAGAACUCCAAAGUAUAUUCAGUGAAGCUACCUCAGUAGUCUUAGAAUGAGCCCAUGAGAUAGAAGAAGAGUGCAGUAAAUUAAUCAAAUAAUCCUUAGAGAAGAGAAAACAUAAUGUGAAAUGAAAAUAUAGCCAGUGUUAGAAAAACAAAAAAAAGACUAAGACAAAUACUUAGGAUUCAUUGAAUGACGUGGAAGAUACCUAUUCUAAAAUUAUAGCUAUGGAGUUUUAAAAGUAAAAUCGCUAGAGACAUUCAAGAAUACGCAAAUAAGAAUCCAGAAAACAUAGAUAUAGAAACAAACAAAAUUACCAGUAUUCAGUAAGGACUUUGCUAAAAUAGAAAAGAAAAAGAAAAAAACUCCAAGAAGGCUUAAUGUUGUCUCUAGAUUUAAUGAUGUAAAGCUAAGUUGAGUUUCUACAAUUAAAGAAAUGAGAUGCCCAAGAAAAAAAAUCAAUGUUUAGAAAAUAGAGUUUGAGUUGAACAAAUAUCCAUGAUGGCUUUAGGGAGAAAACACAGAGGAGGAAGGGAGCAAGAGAGUGAGUAAAUAAGGCAGGAAGGAAAAGACUUUAAAAAAAGAUAAGACAGGCAAGGACCAUCAUUAUAGAAAGAAGACAAAGAAAACCUUGAGUUUGCAGGACCAUCUAAGUUUGAAGUGACCACAAGAUUGAACCACUUGUAAUUCCUGAUGGACGUUCUUGAAUGGGGAAUAAAGAGGAUACUAAAAUUGAAGAGAUAUCACCAGCUCUGCAAACAAGAAGCAACAACAACAGAAAUUAAUAACAUCACUUGAGAAGUACAGCAGAACCCUGGCAGGAGAGAUGUAAAGUUUUAUUAAAAAUCUAUGAAGUGAAAUCACAAUAUUCAACAAACAUCUUGCAGGAAUCUGGAAAGAAGCAGAGGGACACAGAAGAAUUCACAAAGUUCAAGAGCAAUUUAAAGACAGUGACUACCAUGAAGAUGUGUUCAAUAUCAACCACUCUGGAGGAAUACAAUUUCCCAUUUGCUUGAUUAUCUUCAUGUCUGUGAAGUUGCCAGGAAGCUCUAAUUUUGAAAUGAAUGAAUUUUACCAUCAAAUGAGAAUAUCCAAUAAAAACAUCUCUCUAUGGAUAA